AAACAAUACUUGAGAAGCAUUUUUUCGGCAAUAUCGACCAAAUGGACCCCACAAAACUAUUCGAUCGACGAAGCUUUUAAUACAGCAAUCCUUAAAUUUGACAAGAUGUAAACAUUGCCUUCCUCGAUUUGUGUUCAGAUACUUCACAAUUUCUACUUUGUUGCUUUAUAGCUUUAUCUGUGAUGAAAAAUAAAAUAAUUGAAGUACAUACAGCAUUUAAACAUUGAGUCUAGUUAGCAAAUGUAUAAGAUCUAUGUAUUCUUCAUAAUAUUUCUUAUAAAAUAUACUGUUAACUUUCAAACAAAACAAUGUAAUUUUCAGCUUGCGAUUAGUGCAUAUAGCUAUAUUUUGAUAUUUCAGUGGCUUCACAUAUGACUAAUAAUUUGUCAUUAUUAUGGAAAAUAAAAAAAUGAGACUUCUGAUGUUGAAUCCAUAAAACUUAUUAGCACAGAGUACUCUUGUAGGGACAAAAUUUUGAUGUUUUUCAGAAGAAUGGAUUGUUUACGAUACAUAACAUGAUAAAUCUGAAAAUUUACAAACUAAAAGCUCAGUGGUACUGGAGUUGAAGUCUUUCAAAUUUAACAUGCAAAACUUUGAUGUUUAUGCAUUAUUAUUUAUGAAUAACAUUUUUCAAUUCAUUCAAAUACUUUCAUGGUUUACCAAUGCACUGUGAUUUCUUGGUUAUGGUAUUCAUUGAGUUCAAUGCUUGAACGAACAUCAAUUAUAUUGUACGAGAAGAAUAUUAUUAUAUACUUUCUCUAUAAAUUGGCAUUGUCCCUUUGCUGACACUUUCUAUAAAACUGUCAUCUCAAUAUAUACAAUACACACAAACACUAUUGAGGUUAGGAACACCGACCGAUAUAUUUUGUUUUAAUUCUGAUUUUAUAAUUUUACUGACAGAGAUUUGUGAACUUUUAAUUAAAUUCUGUAAAAUUUAUUACAUCGUUAUUCAUUGUUACAAAAGCGUAUCAACGUAACAAAUGUUAAAUGACAUUUCUAAGUAAUGCUUGUUACUCGAAUAUUUGACGUACAAAAAGUCGAACGUAUCUUUUUGGUUAACAUCCGCCAUUAUUUUGUUUUGUUUUAAUUCGCGACAGAAAUAUACGCGCUGAAUACUUCACAAAAAUAGCUUUUUUACUAUAAUAAUUAACAGACACGAUUGGGAAUGACAUCCAUGGAAUUUUGUGAAAAGUGACCUAAUUGUUUUCCUCUUCUACUCGCUUCUGCUACUCAGAUUACGUUACAACGCUGUAUUGCGAUUUGUAAUUCGUUGAUUGCAAGCAAAUUAUGACAUCAUACAUCAUUUGAGUAGAUUCAUACACUCAAAUGACAUUGACACAUUUGCUAAUCAAUGAAUUUCAAAUUGCUUGAGUCAUAACUACAGUUUCGAUUGAAAUUUAAUAUUUAAGUUACAACAGUGACUUGCAUCAGCCAAACCAAAAGGCUAGAUAUCUACAUUAAAUUUCAUCGCAGUGGUACUAAGAAUGGAUACAAUGGAUCAAGAUGUAUUGACAGUACUGAAACUUUUAAUGAUAGGUGAAUCAAAUGUUGGAAAGUCAAGCAUCAUUCUUAGAUUCACGGAGGAUGAAUUCUAUGAGAAUAUGCAGAGCACAGUUGGUAUGGAUUAUAAAACUAAACAGAUCACAAUUGAUGGCAAUACAGUGAAACUUGCUAUUUGGGAUACCGCUGGACAAGAACGUUUCCGUACAUUAACGCCCAGUUAUUACAGAGAUGGUCAAGGUGCUAUAUUGGUGUAUGAUGUUACAGAUAGAAUUACUUUUAUAAAGCUGGAAACGUGGCUCAAUGAGUUAAAUACUUAUUGCAAUAAAACAGACAUUGUUAAAAUGGUAGUAGGUAAUAAAAUAGAUUUACCAAAUAGAGAAGUGAGUACUGAAGAAGGUUUACAGUUUGCCAGAAGACAUCAAACUUUAUACAUUGAAAGUAGUGCCAAAACGGCAGAUGGGAUUAAAUGUUGUUUUGAAGAACUUGUACAAAAGAUAAUACAAACACCAGGUCUUUGGGAUCGACAUGCGCUUCUUAAAUCGUGCGGCAAUGGUAAUAUGGGAGGGGCAAGACAUAGAGGUCACAGAGGAAUACAUUUGGCAAAUGAUACUCAAUCGUUUGAGCCAAAUGGCUCAAACUGUUAUUGUGAGCUGCUUUAACUAAUUAUAAUAUAAAAUUAAGCCGGUGAUAAUUGCGACAAAGCUACACUUUAAUGUAUGGUCUAAACUCUGUUUGAAAACUAGAUAAAGUGUGAUAAUAUGAAUGAAAAACAUGAAUAACAGUACAGCAUGUUAUUGUUUCGUGUUCGUCAUGGCAAGAAAUGUUUUACACGUGUAUCAAAGAUAUAUAUGAGUUUGCUUUCAAGUUCUAAUUCUUUGUUAAAUUGUUGGAUUUUAUAUAAGUAUUUGUAAUACUAAAUUUGUAUUCAUGUAAAUAUAUCUUGCAUACGUGCAUAGUUUAAUGAUUAAUAAAUAUUAGUAGAACUUCAUUAAUAUC